UUGUCAUUGCCAUCUAGCCAAGCAACAUAUGUGGGGAUGCCUUCCAGCGGGCAUACAUAGAGUGGUCCCAUGCCAAAUUUGAGGUGGAGAGAGCCAUGGGCAUUAGUCCUUUUACCUGCCUUGCUUGUGUGCCACAAAUGCAUGCGGUUUCUGUGGAUGGCAACCGCAAGCAUUAUAGAUUCAGAAGUGCCACAGGAUCCACAGAAGGGCUAUUUGAUGGUGCAUUGUUUGCAAACGACGACGAUGUGGCAAAUUUUGUGCAUUACGUUCAAAAUGCUACAAAGCAUGCAUCAGGUAAAGGUAUGUGUGGCUCCAGUCAGUGGACAGCGGCUAAAGAGACCUGCAGGGCAUCUGCGUCAAAAAUUGACGAGGAGGGGAUUGAGAUAGCGGUGUGCAGGCAUGGAGUCCUUCUCAAGGCAUUAAAUAUGUUCAGAGGAGAGAUUUUUGCCUAUCCUAUGUACCUUCAAAAAGAGCUGUCUACCCUAAGUCCAGCCUUUUUCUGCAUGGAUGUGGCCUGCAGAUACUUCCCCUACCUUGAGAAAGUUGCCACCCAGUGUCCGGAGCUGCAGACCCUGCAGACUAUGCGUCCACUCCUCUCAGUGAUGCACGCCAAAGCCCAUACAUGGACGUGUGAGUUGAAAUGGGGAGGGCGGACCCAAGAAGGGGCAGGUAACACAAUAGGAGAGGAGGUGGAACAGGUCAACAGCUUCUUGUCCAGGGCUGCCAUGUCAACUAAGUACAUGUCGAAAGGAGCACGAUGAGACAUGAUUACUAUGUUGACAAUAUCCUGGAACCAAAGGAAAAUGGCAAACUUGCAAAGGACAUUAGUCCAAAGAUACGUGAAGACGCUGAGUAGACUGGACCAGGAAAAAAAAGAAGCUGGACUUGCUGUGUGCAGAGCUCGGUGUGGACGACAUCAAACUCCAGCAAUGGAUUGUUGAUGUCCAGCACUGGCCAUAUGCUACCACUGUCUUGGAGGAAGAGUCGGUGGAAGGAAAAAUCGAG